AUGGCUUCUAUAUCGGGUUCGCCGGUGGCGCGACAACGCUCCAGGCCCGUUUUGGCGCGUUACCAACCGUUCACCGGCAGUAAUGAUCAGCUGCGGGGCAGCGUUGCACCCGGGGGUUGUGAGGAUGUGAGGGUGAGGUCGCGCGUGCGCUCUGUGGCGGUCGAUCGUCGAAAUGACGACCACGCGAUCGCCACUGAGGCAGCAGGCGUGCUGUAUCCGUGGCCCGGCGGGGAGGGGGGGUUGGGCGGCGGGGCGCGGUUGCCGCUCCGCCGAGCUGUCAAACCGCCUCCGACGGGCAACUGGCUCGGACGCUCCCACGCGCACGCGACACGUUGUUCGCGGCGGCCGUCUCGCGCUACACGACUCGCA